AUGAACAUUGAUAAAAAAAUUUAUAUCAUUGAAUAAUUGAUUUAGGAAGCCCAUUCAGAUCUAAGAGUCUUGCUAUUUAAUGAAACCUUUACUAAAUAUAUUGAAGCAUCUGAUUUGAUGGCAAUUGAAUUUUUGUGUUACAAUGCAAAGCAAUUAUUAUAGAUCCUAUUUGUAAAUUACGACGAAAUUCAACCAAUACAAUAUGAUACUUAUUCAAUACUAAUGACAAAGGUGUGGGAUAUCGUUGAACUUAAUAUAGAAGAAAUUUUAUAGUAGAUUGAAGUUCAUUUUUAUCACUUAUUUGAGAUAUUAACAUAUAAAUUUAUACCAGAUGUUCAAUGGGCAUAGGCAUUUAAGAUUCUCUAAUUAAUUUAAAAAAGAUCCUAAAUAUUGAUAACAGAAUCAUUAAAUGCCAAUAAUUAAUUACUUUAGAAUUUCUUACCAUAUAUAUAUAAUAAUAGUGUUGCUUAGGUAUUGUUGAUUUAUUUUGAAAAUUAAUUUCAUCGAUAGUAAUUAGAAAUUUUGUAGAUUGGAAUAUAAUAAUACUCCAAAUUUGAUUACAGUUCAGCUAUCAAUUUUACUUAUUUAAUUCACGAGAUAAUGGUUAGAAUAUAAACUAAAGAAUUAUUGGAAUAUUUACUUUCUAGUCAAGUGCUGCUGAUAGUAAAUGAUGUUUUAUCAUAAGAGACAUUUCAUUUUAUAGUUCGUAAGAAUGCAGCCCAUGUUAUUUCGUUGAUUUCAAAUUAUUACUCUUUGGAUUUAUAAAACUUAUAUUUGGAUGAACCUUACAAUUAACCAAUUACAGAAGAAUUCAGGAAAACAGAGUUCUUUAGAUAUUUUAAUAUUAUAAGUAUAAAAAAUAUCUUAGAAAAAACUCUUACAAGAAGUUGCAAAGUAGGUUUGUUAGAUGUAAAGCUAAUUGAAAUUAUUGAUAAUAUAGUGAGAAUAUCAGACAUUGAAUUAUGGCAAAGGGUUGAGUAAUCUAAUGUGAUGGAAACUAUAAUAAAUUUGGUUAAGAAGUACAAUCAUUCAGAUAUUUUUAUUUAAUAUGUUUACAAUAUGAUUGCUUUUAUUUUAGAUAGAGCUUUGAAUGAUUUUCAUCCCUUUUGGUGUCUCUAAUUAUUAACUAAAAAUAAAUUACAGACAUUAUAAAUCAAAAGAAUAGAUCGAUAAUUAUUUGCUUUUGAAUAAUAGCUAUAAAUUAAACUUAUAAGAGAUAGUGAUUUCUUACCUUAUUAUGAUGAGUUGAAAUAGAUUGAAUCUACAUUAAAAAGAUCUUAAGUUUGGAAGGUAAUCAAGGAAUAAAUUGAAAUACAUGAAGACAAACACAAAUUUAAGUUAGGUGACGAUUUAGAAACUCCUCAGAUUGAUACACCAUUUAUUAUCUCUGCAAUCUAAGAAGAUGAACCUGAUGAGAUUAUAGAGCCUCAAAAUAAUAUCUUUAUAGAUUGCUUUAAUAAGUAAUCACCUAUGGAUAGUCUUAAUAAUAAUGAUGAUUCUGAUGAUGAAAAUAAAGUGGUUGGUGCUUUUUAAGGUAUGGAUACUUUAAAUAAAUUGAAAAAUGUGUUUGAGUAAAUGGAUUUAUAAGAUCAGGAUGGCCAAGAUGAGAAUUAAAAAGGAAAGAAGAUUAGAAAUUUAUCAAACUCAUUGAACACUGAAACAUAAAAUUUUAAAUAAAAGCUUCAUCAGAGGUGUCUUGAGGGUGAUAAUCAGAUGUCAAGAUUAUCAAUGAGCACAUCAACUCAUCUUAAAAAGUUAAAUGUAGAUCUUGAACAAUUCACAAUUGAAAUUUUUGAAAAUAAAAAAGUUUUGAAAAACAAAAUAUUAAUGAAGGUCGAUGAGAUUGAUGAGAUAAGUAAUUAAUAGCAAAAUUGA